UGCGUUAAAGGUUAUGGUAGGGACGGCCCGAGGAUCCCAAAUAGCACUGACCGUAGCCCGUAUCCCCUGGACAGGGCAGACGAGUUCGGGAGCCAUUAUUUGUGACGUAACGCGCUAACCGGCUGUUUUAACUCAGGAACUGCGGUAGCGGCGGCUUGUAAAAGUCAGAAGUAAAUUACCCACGGUGACCUCCCGGUCAAAACGUCUUGAAGCGGAUAGGUCUUUACGCCUUUUAUUAACUGAAUAAAAAGCGUACAUUAUUGGUACUAAGAGCGAAUAAAUAUUUUCUACUCGAGCAAUUUCGUUAAUUAAAAUAAAUAAAAUAAAAUAAUGUAGGGUGCGCAGGGUUGUAUUUUAUCGUACGAGUUAACUAGUUAGAGACAACAACUCUUUGCCUCGUUUAGUUAGUUUAGUCUGAUAUCUGACGUAGCUAGACAACUGCCACAAUGGAUAAAGCAAAAUCAAUUAUCGAUAGAAAAGGGUCCGGAUCUUGUCGUGCGAACGGACUUGAAAAGGAGUUUCAUUCUCGGGCUGACACCGGUGGCUGUAACGUAUACACAUCAAGUGGAAACUGUAACGGUGCUAGAAGCAGUAUGAAACACUUCCAUCAUCUGCAGACUGAUCAUGUCGAAGCCAAUGGCUCAUCUCCUGCGAAAAGAUGCCGGUUACGGAGAAGAGUUGAUUCGGUGAAGAGAAACAGACCACCCUUCCCCUGGUUUGGGAUGGACAUCGGCGGUACUCUGGUGAAGCUGGUCUACUUCGAGCCUAAGGACAUCACGGCGGAGGAGGAACAGGAAGAAGUGGAAAACCUGAAGAGCAUUCGCCGCUAUUUGACCUCCAACACGGCGUACGGGAAGACGGGCGUCCGAGACGUCCACCUGGAACUGAAGAACCUGACCAUGUGUGGACGGACGGGCAACCUGCACUUCAUCCGCUUCCCCACACAGGCCAUGCACCGCUUCAUCCAGAUGGGCAGAGACAAGAACUUCUCCAGCCUCCACACCACGCUCUGUGCCACUGGCGGAGGGGCAUACAAGUUCGAGAACGACUUCAGAACGAUGGCUGAUUUAGAGCUGUUAAAGCUGGAUGAGCUUGACUGUCUGAUUCAAGGCCUGCUCUAUGUGGACUCUGUGAGUUUCAACGGCCACCCUGAGUGCUUCUACUUUAAGAACCCGUCAGACACCCAGAACAGUGUGAAGACACCGUGCAGUCUGGCUGAUCCGUUCCCUAUGCUGCUGGUCAACAUUGGAUCUGGGGUUAGCAUCCUGGCUGUGUACUCCAAAGACAACUACAAACGGGUCACCGGCACCAGUCUUGGUGGAGGAACGUUCCUGGGCCUGUGCUGCUUGCUGACUGGCUGUGAGACGUUUGAAGAAGCUCUGGAUAUGGCUAGCAGAGGCGACAGCAGCAAUGUGGACAAGCUGGUGAGAGAUAUCUACGGAGGAGACUAUGAGCGUUUCAGCCUCCAAGGAUCUACUGUAGCCUCCAGCUUUGGCCACAUGAUGAGCAAGCAGAAACGAGACUCCAUCAGCAAAGAGGACCUGGCCCGGGCUAUGCUGGUCACCAUCACUAACAACAUAGGUUCCAUUGCACGCAUGUGUGCCGUCAACGAGAAAAUCGAGAGAGUUGUGUUUGUUGGGAAUUUCUUACGGAUCAACACUGUGUCUACUAAGCUGCUGGCCUACGCUAUGGACUUCUGGUCCAAGGGACAACUGAAGGCCUUGUUCUUAGAACACGAGGGAUAUUUUGGCGCUGUUGGAGCACUCCUGGAGCUGCUAAAGUCGUCUGAGGAGCCAUGAUGAUAUGCCAAUGUCAUCCCUCAUGAAGCUGUCGAGAAGCGGCCACAGGAAACUGGGGGAAAAAAGCCAUUUAAAUUAUUAACUCUAUCUUUUAAGUCUCUUCCCUAAAAUCCUCUCCAAUAGAGAGGUUUUAAUAAAGCUAAUGUAAUGUCUCAUGUCAUGAACCCUGGGUGGCAGGUGAGCGCUAAGGGUCAUAGAGAUGGUGUUAGUUCUUGGUACUGUGUGUAAAUAUCUAUUUUUGUAGUUCUAGAGUGCACUAAAGCCAAAACCUGCUGAGAUUUUACCUGUGUGACAGGAGUCUGCAGUCUUCGGUAUAGAGGAAAGGGAGUUUUUCUCAACAUAUGAAUAUUGCCUUGUCUGCUGCUGUUGUUCUGUCUAUCUUUGUGAAAGACAAAAAAAGGCAGACAGGGGGAAAGGGUUUAGUUCCAUUUGUAUCAAAUGAAGGGACCAAAGAGGCUGAUUCAUCAUAAUUGACUGUCCCUUUUUUUUAAAAUUUUAUUCAGCGUGUCAAAAACGAGGCUCCACUCUCCUCUGUCGCCUGUGGCAUAUUCAUCAUAGCUUUUAUUAACACAUCAUGGUUAACAGAUAUGGGCUGUUUAUACUUGGUUCACCAGCCUCCUCAAACUCUAGUCUCUUUUAGUGAUGAAGUUCUGUUGGUACGUUUGUCAGGUUAAGAUGUCUGUUAUGAUCUUGUUAUUUUGAGAUGCUGCACAACCAGUCCAGUACAAGUGUCCACUUGUGUUUGUUUCACAUCUGCCUAUCUCACUAAGAAAGUGUGCCUUAUCUUCUCCAAACCCCGGACCAUGACGACACCCACUCUACAGCCAGUGGUGAUGUAGAAUCUCCUAGUGUUUGAAUUGCCUUGUAAGGACUGUUUUGUUGUGUUUUUAUCUAGCGUAGUUGUAAGAAAGGUACAGAACUAUACUGGCAGCAGUUAGUCUACAUAGUGAUUUUUAAUGUAUUUUUAUCUUAUAUCGGUGUGGGAGUUCCUCAACCAGUGUAAAGGCUUCAUUACCUGCAGUUUGGACAGGACAUCUCUAUUUUGGCCCCCCCAAAAAGCAAAUCCCAUAGCUGCUAUCAAUUGUCUUGUUUUAUACAUCAGUUAAAGCUAUUCAAUGUGAAUGUGCUUGUAGCUAGAAGAUUGAAGGACCACCACACUAGACGUUAUUUACCUGUUGGCAGCAAUAACUGAGCAUCAAGUAGUAAAAGAAACAUACAUUUAUUGCAUCCAUCACAAUGACCUCGUAAAAUGUUGGCACCUCCUCUGUUAGAAUCCAAUGUCUCAACCUUUGCUAUUAUGACAUCACAGAAUGUAGCAGUUUACUUACUGGCUACUCUGUGCCACCCACUUCCUCACCUCAAACCUGUCUUGUUGGCUUUUUGUUUUUAGUAGAACUAUGUUUCUGUGCCAUACUGUACUCUUUUUCCCCCCCCCAUGUAAAGUGUUUAUGGGUUCAGUGUGGUUCUUUUGUGAAGGCUCUAGUUAGACCUAUGUGAAGUCAGAGUCCCAGUGCAACAUGGAGUUUAGUCAGGUUAGUAGAUGGCAUCAUUCAACUGUAUGGGAUUCUGACUUGGAUUUCAUAAAGAUCUUUAUUUUAAAAUAUUUUUUUGGGGGGGGGUGUGAUUUUGAAAAUGUUCAUUUUGUGGUUUUCUGUAUAAUUUGUUGUUUUUGGCUCAGAGUUAUUGCAAGCAUCCCAUGUUCACAUUUGCAUGCAUGCUCUUAUGAAAUUGACAAUAGGCCUUGGUACUAAUCUGGAUCCAUGUUUAAAUUUGGGAUUACCAUUUCAAUAUUUAUGACCCCCCCUCCCCCAAAUAGUAGAUUUGUAUUAUUAUAUUAUAUUUACCCCCAAUAGCAGGUACCAAUUUAUAUUAUAUUUAUGGAAGCGUUAUAACUACUGAUGAUAAAAUGAAGUGUUGAAACACAUCAAGCCUCCGAAAACAACGUCCUGUAAAGAUACGUCAGUAACUGACAUCCUUGUGCUGUGAGAAGGUAAUAUUACGUAAAGAUGUUUCUCUGUACUGUGCUGUGAGAAGGUAAUAUUACGUAAAGAUGUUUCUCUGUACUGUGCUGUGAGAAGGUAAUAUUACGUAAAGAUGUUUUCUCUGUACUUACAAGCCUCAAAUUUCCUGCCAAGUUAAAUUGUUGAGUCAAGUUAACUCUAUUUCUUUUUUUUAAAUUUUUUUGCCACAAUGUAUUAGACACUCCCGAUGACUACCUAAAAGUCUGGUAUUGAAGCAUUGUGAAUACAUGACUGCCCUUCAAGUCAGUUUUAGUAUGUUAGCCUGGCUCAAUGGGAAGCUUCCCUCCUGUAGUAUUUACAUAGUGUAUGCAUCUCAUUAAUUGGAGCCAUCAAAUCUGUAUUAUGUAAGAGCUCUGUUUGUACAGAAGUGUGUGUGUGUGUACAAGGAAUAUUACUUGCCACAGCACAAGGACAUUUGCUUCAUGCAUCUGCUUUAAGCCCAUGAUAAAGCUCUAUUGAGUGAUUGGAGUUAAAGCAGAAGCCUUAGUGGUAUCCCUUGACCCUCGUUAGUGUUAAUGAACAGGAGAAGCCUUAGUGGUAUCCCUUGACCCUCGUUAGUGUUAAUGAACAGGAGAAGCCUUAGUGGUAUCCCUUGACCCUCGUUAGUGUUAAUGAACAGGUAGUUUGAUCCCUGGUAAAGAUCAGAGAACAUACUAUGCUUCUGUAUUCAUCUCUUUUGUUAUGUUCUAGCAAAGCUGCAAAUUCUGCCAAUAAUCCCAAAACAAGCAAGUGAUUUGGUUGUUCAAAGCUUUUGUUUUGUAAUCUGAAGAAUUAUGCAAACUGGUUUGUCUUUUGAUCUGAGAAUCCUUUUUUGUUUUGUUCUUGAGUGAGUUUCUUCUGCUGAUAUUUAAACACCAUCUAUCGUCUGGAAAGCUUGAUAGGAUGGACCUUUAUCACACUGAUCUGAUAGGAUGGACCUUUAUCACACUGAUCUGAUAGGAUGGAUCUUUUCAUCACGCUGAUCUGAUAGGAUGGAUCUUUUUAUCACACUGAUCUGAUAGGAUGGAUCUUUUCAUCACGCUGAUCUGAUAGGAUGGAUCUUUUCAUCACGCUGAUCUGAUAGGAUGGAUCUUUUCAUCACGCUGAUCUGAUAGGAUGGAUCUUUUUAUCACACUGAUCUGAUAGGAUGGAUCUUUUCAUCACGCUGAUCUGAUAGGAUGGAUCUUUUCAUCACGCUGAUCUGAUAGGAUGGAUCUUUUCAUCACGCUGAUCUGAUAGGAUGGACCUUUUUAUCACGCUGAUCUGAUAGGAUGGACCUUUUUAUCACGCUGAUCUGAUAGGAUGGAUCUUUUCAUCACGCUGAUCUGAUAGGAUGGAUCUUUUCAUCACGCUGAUCUGAUAGGAUGGACCUUUUUAUCACGCUGAUCUGAUAGGAUGGACCUUUUUAUCACGCUGAUCUGAUAGGAUGGACCUUUUUAUCACGCUGAUCUGAUAGGAUGGACCUUUUUAUCACGCUGAUCUGAUUGGAUGGACCGUUUUAUCACGCUGAUCUGAUUGGAUGGACCUUUAUCACACUGAUCUGAUUGGAUGGACCUUUUUAUUAUGUUGAUCUGAAUGUACUGUACCUGUAAAUAUAUCUGCCAGAAAUCCUUCUGCUAAUGCAAUGUCUAACCUCUUUACUGUGUGUAAGGCUACGUUUACACAGGUUGCCCAAUUCUGAUCUUUUGCCCAAUCAGAUCUGUUGCCAAUAUUGGGGCAAAAGAUCAGAAUUGGGCUGCUUGUGUAAAUGCAACUUAAGAAAAGGAACACUGGAAAUAUGCUGUGCACAAAUGUGUAUGUUCUGGAAUUUAACAGUUAUUUUCUGAAAGGAAUAAAUUUGUGAAACUAUUAA